AUGAAUCUUUCCUUUCUCCAACUUCCAAUGGCUGAAAUUGUUGUUAGCGCCGUCAUCACCAUACUGUGUGAGAAGCUGAUCUCUGGUGACCUGAUGAAGCUCGCUCGAACUAAAGGAAUCGAUUCUCAGCUGCACAAAUUGGAGAAAACAUUGCCCCUGAUGAAAGCUGUGCUCGCUGAUGCAAACCAGAAGCAUAUAACAGAGAGAGCUGUUCAAUUGUGGUUGAAUGAUCUCCAGGAUUUGGCUUACGACAUUGACGAUAUAGUAGAUGAUUUGGCCACAGAAGCUCUGCGACGCAGUGUGAAUCAAGAAGCUCUUUCCAUCAUCCCAAGUUGUUGUACUACGUUCACUCCUGGAAACAUUAUGUAUGGUCUGAAGAUGAGAUCACUGCAAAAUUGCGUGAUCUUGUUGACCGGAAAAAUGAUCUGGGUUUGA